AUGGGGGUGGGCACUGAACGGCCAUUUGUGAAGCCCUUGUUGCUUUUAAGCUUUCUGUUGUUGUGGGCUGCUUUUGCAGAGGCUGAAUACGCGAAAUACAGAGAUCCCAAACAGGCCCUUGGUGUUAGAAUCAAAGACUUGAUGAGUAAAAUGACCCUCGAAGAGAAGAUUGGACAGAUGACUCAGAUUGAGAGGAAGUUGGCCUCUCCUGAUAUCAUGAAGAAGUAUUACAUUGGGAGUGUGUUGAGUGGUGGAGGAAGUGUACCAUCUCCCGAAGCUUCUCCAGAGAUUUGGGUGAAUAUGGUAAAUGAUCUCCAAAAAGCCUCCCUUUCGACUCGCUUAGGGAUCCCUAUGAUUUAUGGCAUUGAUGCUGUUCAUGGCCACAACAAUGUGUACAAUGCUACUAUUUUUCCUCACAAUGUUGGCCUUGGAGUCACCAGGCAAAGAAUUGGAGCUGCAACUGCACUUGAAGUUAGAGCCACAGGAAUUCAAUAUGCUUUUUCGCCUUGUAUUGCUGUGUGUAGAGAUCCGAGGUGGGGUCGUUGUUAUGAAAGUUAUAGUGAGGAUCAUAAAAUUGUUCAAGCUAUGACUGAGAUUAUACCUGGUUUACAGGGCGAACUCCCGUCUAAUGCUCGAAAGGGCGUUCCUUUCGUCACCCCGGGAAAGACAAAAGUUGCUGGUUGUGCUAAGCAUUUUGUUGGAGAUGGUGGCACGGUGAACGGUAUUGACGAAAAUAAUACGGUGAUCGAUUAUAAAGGUUUGAUGAGCAUUCACAUGCCUGCAUAUUUCGACUCAAUUAUUAAAGGCGUGGCCACAGUUAUGGUGUCCUACUCGAGCUGGAACGGCAAAAAGAUGCACGCAAACCAAGAACUUGUAACGGGCUUUCUUAAGAACAAACUUAAAUUCAGGGGAUUUGUUAUAUCAGAUUGGCAGGGUAUUGAUAGGAUCACAAGCCCGCCACAUUCGAACUAUUCUUAUUCUGUUCAAGCUGGAAUUCUUGCAGGAAUUGAUAUGAUUAUGCUUCCCGAGAAUUUCACAGAAUUUAUCGACGAUCUGACUUUCCAAGUGAAGAACAAAAUCAUCCCCAUGAGCAGAAUAGAUGAUGCAGUUCGAAGAAUACUAAGAGUCAAGUUCACCAUGGGUUUAUUUGAGGAUCCUUUAGCUGAUCUCAGCCUAGCAAACAAACUCGGCAACCCGGAACACAGGGACUUGGCAAGAGAAGCUGUCAGAAAAUCUCUCGUUCUUUUGAAGAACGGCAAAAGCGCCAAUCAUCCAUUGCUUCCCCUUUCAAAGAAAGUGCCGAAAGUUCUAGUUGCAGGGACUCACGCCGAUAACUUGGGGUAUCAAUGUGGAGGCUGGACGAUCGAGUGGCAAGGUGUUCUGGGCAAUGAUCUUACAGUUGGCACCACAAUACUGACCGCCGUGAAAAGCACAGUCGAACCUUCCACGCAAGUCGUCUACUCGGAAAAUCCCGACCCAAAUUUCGUCAGAAACGGGGGUUUUUCUUACGCCAUUGUUGUAGUCGGCGAGGCCCCAUAUGCCGAGAUGUAUGGGGACAGCUCAAACCUCACCAUGAUCGAGCCCGGCCCAAGCACCAUAAAAAACGUGUGUGGUGCCGUUAGGUGUGUUGUGGUUGUUGUAUCGGGCCGGCCCAUUGUGAUGGAGCCCUAUCUUGACGAGAUAGAUGGGCUUGUGGCCGCUUGGCUCCCAGGGACCGAAGGUGGGCUGGGCUUGGCCGAUGCCUUGUUUGGGGACUAUGGGUUUACAGGGAAGCUUGCUCGGACUUGGUUCAGGUCGGUGGAUCAGCUGCCCAUGAAUGUUGGGGACCCGCAUUACGACCCGCUUUUUAAGUUCGGGUUUGGUCUUACCACUAAAGCCAGGCAUGAAAAUUGA